GUCAGCCGGGUGCGACAACGAGAGAGAUCAGUGAUUUUUUCACUCGCACACAAAAAGGCGUCGAAAGGUUUCCAGAAGUUUGCAUCUCACGUUUUGUAAUCGUAUUUUGACCGGGAAAUCCUACACGGAACCAGCAUGAAUGUCGAGGAGGAAGUGCUCAAGAUUCAGAAGAAGCUCGGCAAGAUGACCUCGUCUGAUGGAACGGGUCAGGAGCAAGCGCUAGAUCUGCUCCGCGAGCUGCAGCGUUUGAAUAUUGAUCUCGACAUACUGACUAAGACGCGCAUUGGUAUGACAGUCAACGAACUGCGCAAGUGCAGCAAGGAUGACGAGGUUAUUAGUUUGGCAAAGUCGCUAAUUAAAAGUUGGAAACGCUUCCUAGCGGCGACACCACCCUCGAAGGAAGCAUCCAAGGAAUCGUCGAAGUCAUCGAGCAAAUCCUCAAGUAAAAAUAGCAGCAAAUCGGAGAGCAACAGCAAAAAGGAAUCCGAGAAGGAGAAAGAAGCUAAAAAGCCAACCCAAACUAGUUUUCCGUCUCAGUCGAGUAAUACAACCGAUGCCGUUCGUCUGAAGUGCCGCGAGAUGUUGGCCAAUUCCCUGCGCGUCGAUGGAGAUCCACCAGAGGGCUGUCAGUCCCCGGAUGAACUAGCGGAUGAGCUUGAAGAGGCAAUUUUCUCUGAAUUCAAAAACACCGACAUGAAGUACAAGAACCGGGUGCGUUCCCGGGUGGCCAAUCUGAAAGAUCCGAAAAAUCCCAGCUUGAGGGGUAACUUUGUCUGCGGUGCUAUUACCGCGCAACGGCUUGCCAAAAUGACACCCGAAGAGAUGGCCAGUGAUGAAAUGAAGAACCUGCGUGACCGUUUCGUCAAGGAAGCAAUCAACGACGCUCAACUGGCCACUAACCAGGGAACCAAAACCGACCUUCUCAAGUGCGGCAAAUGUAAGAAACGUAACUGUACAUACAACCAGCUGCAAACGAGAAGCUCCGAUGAACCGAUGACGACAUUCGUUCUGUGCAACGAGUGCGGAAAUCGUUGGAAGUUCUGCUAAAUUCGAACCGAGGACGUAUUUCUACUAAUUCUUUUGAAAAGAUCACAAACCAUGCGGAGCAAACCCGGUUUAUAUUACGAUCAAUCCUAAACAUAACUUAUAUGUUUGCUUACGUCUCGCAAAAUAAAAAUACGGCGAGAAGCAGAAGUUGUAGUGUUAAGAACAAGACAAUGAUUUGAUCAAGUUGAAUAAGCUACAAAUUCUACCUUAAAAACAGUUCACAAUUAAACCUGGAGUUGUUUGUUUGGCGCAAAAUACCACGAAAAAUCACCUCAAAUGCAAAGGUUUUGCUCAUAAAUCCCAAAGAACGGGAAGAGAGCAAGCCUUCCUUAUAAGGAUAACCUUUAGCGUACGUGUUAUGCUGAAUCAAUCUAGCGUGUAGAGCACCCCUUUGGUAAGCUAUAGAGGGAAGCUUACUGGUAAUUUUUAACGAUAGAAAUUUGUGGUUGGUUUGAUAAAGAUAUAAUUUAAUUAUGUAAAGAUAAAAACCUGCCUAGUGUGUAACAAAUAAAAUUGAUGAAAAGCAAA